AUGUCUUUUAAUGUUUGGAAAUGUAUAUUCUUCAUUCUCGCUUUCUCAGGACUAAUAGUACUGCUGCGCAACAUCACUUAUGGAGAGAGUUGGAAGUACCGAAUAUUGUCCAACCUUCAGAACCAGAUCCAGUCAUCAAACCUCUCUGGAAACCUCCAAAUGUUUUACUACAAUUCCCCCUUCUGUCAACAUCUGGGCCAGUCAUUGUCCCCUGUGGAAGAGCUUGAAAACCAGGACCUGUUUAACUCCGUUGACUGGCCCCACUCAAAAUUUGGCUCCAGACCACACAACCUGUCCCAGACAAGUGACCCAGCACACAGCUUUUUUACAAUUGUGCCCUCCAAAAAAGACAAAAGUUGGUACGUGGGUGACCAGUUGGAAGUGCUGGUCCAUAUGCACGACUUCGAAGGCCAACCCAAGAGAUACGGCGGCGAUUUAUUGUUGACUCGGUUGCAUUCUCCAAAAUACAGGGCUGGAGUGGCCGGGCAGGUGCUGGAUCACAAAAAUGGACUAUAUUCAGCUUAUUUCUCACUGCUCUGGGAGGGCUCGGCUCAGGUGGAGGUCAUGAUGGUGCACUCAAGUGAAGCUGUUGCUGUGCUGGACCAGCUGACUGAUAAAAAGCCCGAUCGGGCGAUCUUUGUCAGCCUCUUUCGUCGAGACCUUAAUACUUCUGAGACGACAGUGUGCAAUAUUUGCCUGCCACAACACCAGGGGCCACUGUGCAACUACACAGACCUUCACUCUGGUGAGCCGUGGUACUGCUACAAGCCGAAAAUGCUUGGCUGCGACACCAGAAUCAACCAUGCCAAGGGAGGCUACCUUAAAAACGUCAUCACCACAGAGGAAGCUUUGCUCUUUCAGAGCGACGUGAACAUCAAAGUUCUCAUCCACUCUUCUUCAAUGAACACCAUCAACGUACUGCCUUCGAGGAAAGAAAACAGCAAUGAAAAGCUGGACCAUGUGAAGCUGGCAACAUCUGGGUACUACUACCAGGACUUGUGGAGGCCAUUAUUAGGUGGCAUCACCAUGCGUCAGUUUGACAAGGUGUCCAGCACUCGGUGCUUGAGCAACAAGUUAGUCUACAUGUAUGGUGACUCCACGAUGCGUCAGUGGUACGAGUAUCUUGUACGUUUGGUUCCAGAGCUGAAGGAAUUCAACCUGCACACUCCUGCCAAAGCAGGGCCCCUUAUGGCAGUAGACAGCAAUAACAACAUUAUGAUGCACUAUCGCUCCCAUGGGCCACCUAUCUUAUACACCCCUGUCGCAGUCAGCGAGUUGCAUUACAUCGCAAACGAGCUGGAUGGCCUGAGUGGUGGUCCCAACACAGUGGUGGCAAUCAGCAUCUGGGCUCAUUUCACCACCUUCCCCAUGGAGGUGUACAUACGUCGUCUCAGGAAUAUCCGGAAGGCUGUGGUGCGACUCUUGGACCGGGCGCCAGGAACGUUGGUGGUGGUCCGUACGCCCAACCCUAGGGAGCUGGGGCAAGACAAAAGUCUGUACCACAGCGACUGGUUUUCACUGCAUCAAAACGUUGUGCUGCGCAGCAUGUUCAAGGAUAUUAAUGUAUUGCUAGUGGACGCCUGGCAGAUGUGCGUGGCACACCACGAACCUCACAACAUACACCCUCCCAAGGCUAUUGUCAAGAACAUGGUUAACAUGAUGUUGUCCUAUAUUUGUCGUGACGGAACAAGAAAAAAUUGA